UACACGCUAUUAAAACGGCGUUGUAGUGUGGUUGGACGACUUUGCGGUUUAUGCGCUACAGCCGAUUGGCAACUUGCCAAGAGGAGGCUGACGAAGCCAGUCGACUUCUUCCACUCAUGGUUGACUCGGAGAUGCUGCCGCAUGUUGUUUGGUCGUCGCCGCGUAUUGCAUUCUCGCACUGUAAGAAUCGGCUAUGGUCCAGUGGGCGGCGACCAAGGGGGUGGUUUUGCUCCGAACAAAGUCUCUAAUCAAAAAUACAAUAUCUUCAGCUUUGUUCCAUUGGGUUUCGUGCUCACAAUCACACUUAUCCGUGAAGCACUUGACGACUUUGUCCGCUUUCUCAGAGAUAAAGAGUUGAAUGGUGAGAAGUAUGAACGAUUAACCCGAGAUGGUACGCGAGUCGAAGUCAACAGCAGUGAUAUAGAGGUGGGCGACGUUAUCAUAAUAGGAAAAGAUCGACGUGUUCCGGCAGAUGUUGUGCUUUUGCGCACAACGGAGCGAUCAGGAGCAUGUUUCAUUCGCACAGAUCAACUCGAUGGGGAGACCGAUUGGAAGUUACGUAUAGCUGUGCCGUUCACUCAGCAUCUGAUGAAUGAGGCGGUCACCACUGAGGAUCACGUACAGGAUGGGUCCUUGAAUGUGGAGAAUGUUUUAUGGGCAAACACCGUGCUUGCAAGUGGAACUGCGGUGGGAAUUGUGGUAUACACUGGAAGAGAAACUCGGUCCGUGAUGAAUACGACGUUGCCGGAGAGUAAGGUCGGACUACUGGAUCUGGAGGUCAACAAUUUGACAAAACUGCUGUUUGUUUUCGUAAUGGUGUUAGCAUCCGUUAUGGUCAUCAUGAAAGGAGUAGAUACUAACUGGUACCGCUACCUAAUGCGUUUUGUAUUGUUGUUCUCCUAUAUAAUUCCGAUUUCGCUGCGUGUGAAUCUCGACAUGGCCAAGCUCUUCUUUGCUUGGCAAAUAGGACGCGACAAACAGAUUCCUGAUACCGUCGUACGCUCAUCGACAAUACCCGAGGAACUUGGUAGAAUUUCGUUUCUUCUUUCCGAUAAGACCGGCACCCUAACAAAGAACGAGAUGCAUUUCAAAAAGAUUCAUCUUGGCACAGUCGCAUUCAGUUCAGACGCAUUUGAAGAAGUGGCCCAGCACGUGGCUAGUGCUUACUCAGGGCGAUUGGCCAGGCAUUCGUUUUCUGCUAAACUGCAGACGGCUGUAGAGGCUAUCGCACUCUGUCACAAUGUUACACCAAUAGUGGAGGGUGGCACUGUGUCGUACCAGGCCGCUAGCCCGGAUGAGGUUGCACUUGUGAAAUGGACGGAAACGGUGGGAGUACGGUUAGCUCAGCGUGAUUUGCACUCUAUACAACUUCAGCUUGGUAUUGGGCAAACGAGACAAUUCCAAGAUGAGACCACAGACGAGAUUUCACUACUAAUGAAAGGGGCGGAUACGGUGAUGUCAGGAAUGGUGCAAUACAAUGAUUGGCUUGAAGAAGAAUGUAGCAAUAUGGCCCGUGAAGGUCUUCGUACUCUCGUUGUGGCUAAACGUACCCUUUCGUCUGCGGAACUAGAAGCUUUUGAUCGCGCGUAUCAUGCUGCAAAAAUGUCAAUAACGGACAGGUCUCAAACCAUGCAGAGCUGCGUAAAUCGAAUGCUCGAAAAGGACCUCCAACUACUUUGUCUCACUGGUGUUGAAGAUCGAUUACAGGAUCAAGUAACGACGUCGUUGGAACUUCUUCGCAACGCUGGUAUAAAGAUCUGGAUGUUGACAGGUGAUAAGCUCGAGACAGCCAUAUGUAUCGCAAAAUCGAGCGGGUUGUUCUCGAGAACAGAUAAUGUGCACGUAUUUGGAUCAGUUCAGAAUAGAACCGAAGCUCACAAUGAACUCAAUGCUUUGAGAAGGAAAAGCGACGUAGCUCUAGUAAUGCAAGGGUCUGCUCUCAACGUUUGUCUGCAGUAUUACGAAGCCGAGGUCGCCGAGCUGGUUUGUGCUUGCACUGCUGUUGUGUGCUGUCGAUGUUCUCCUGAACAAAAAGCACAGAUUGUGCAGCUUCUACGAAAAUAUCGUGCUCCUCUUCGAGUGGCCGCGAUAGGUGACGGAGGAAAUGAUGUGAGCAUGAUACAAGCUGCUCAUGCUGGAAUUGGGAUAGAUGCCAAUGAAGGAAAACAAGCCUCGUUAGCUGCUGAUUUCUCGAUAACGCAGUUCUCCCAUGUGUGUCGCCUUCUCCUUGUGCAUGGACGAUUUUGUUAUAAGAGGUCAUGUGCACUGUCGCAGUUUGUUAUGCAUAGAGGCCUUAUAAUUUCUACAAUGCAGGCCAUAUUUUCAUGCGUGUUUUACUUUGCAUCUGUUUCGCUGUAUCAAGGAGUGCUGAUGGUGGCAUAUUCUACGGCAUACACUAUGCUUCCGGUUUUCUCUUUGGUUGUUGAUCGUGACGUUACCGCUACGAAUGCUCUCACGUAUCCUGAACUCUACAAAGAACUUGGAAAGGGCCGAUCGUUAUCCUAUAAAACAUUUUGUAUAUGGGUUAUGAUCAGUCUAUACCAAGGAGCCGUAAUAAUGUAUGGUGCGCUGCUGGUCUUCGAUGCGGACUUUAUUCAUGUCGUUUCGAUAUCUUUCUCUGCACUUAUAGUUACGGAACUCAUUAUGGUUGCUAUGACUGUCCAUACUUGGCAUUGGGCUAUGUUACUUGCUCAGGCUUUAUCUCUUGGACUUUAUGCAGUCUCGCUCAUCGUACUUGAUCAAUAUUUCGACCGACAAUUCGUAUUGUCAUGGAUAUUUAUUUCGAAGACGACAGCUAUAACAGCCGUGUCUUGUCUACCAUUAUACGUUGUUAAAGCGCUUCGGAGAAAAUUCUCCCCACCAUCGUAUGCUAAAGUAAACUAG